CUAGAGCUCCAUUUUGCAAACAGCUGUUUGAGAUGUAACCUCGCCCACUGCUUUUCAAUGGGGUUGUCAAAGAAACGUCGGGCUUGACGACGCCGCUGUCUCUUCGUGACGGACCCUGGUCGUCAAAAAAAACACCAAAUCGUUUCAAAAUGACGGAGAGGAAAGCCGAAAUAUAGCUCCGGGAAGAGACGGUCCAGCUGCGUGGUAACAAGUGGAGUAAAUUCAGGCGAAUGAAGGUGGAAUGAGAAGACAGGUCAUGGGCAGAUGAUGGAUGUUGAGUCAUCAUACUCGGAUUUUAUUAAUUGUGAUCGCACGGGCCGCAGGAACGCAGUGCCAGACAUUAAGGGAGACGGAACAGUGGUGGGCACCAGCGAGCUGACCAAAGACAUGGCUGAGAUGGACCUGAAGGCAGGAGAAGCCGAUGCCACCGGGGCUCCUGCUGCCGAAGCGGAGGCCUCAAGUAGUCAGGAGCAAGGAAAAGAAGGAGCAUCUUAAAGAUGAAGGAGCUCAAAGAGGAGAACCACCACGUCCUCUCUCGUUCCCCACACUGUGUGAGGUAAGGAGCUGCUCUGAGACGGGCAUGCUUCAUGCGCCUGAACGCUCUUGCGUCCCUGAGAGACUCCAGGAGAUACCACUACACAGAAUGGAUUUGCCAUGUACAACAACACACUCCAAGUUGCGUUAUUCCUGCCAUUCCUCAGAAGAUGAACUGACUUUUCUGAACAUAUGGAAAAUAUCAGACCCUGGAUUCAGAACUUCAUGAUUUCAAACCAAGAAAUACCAAAUAAUACCUGUGCUGAGGAUUCUGAAUCAGUUUGAUUUUUUUUUUUUUU